AUGGUUUCAUUCCCGGUGAAUGCUUUCAACCCCCGAGGCGUCGACGAGAUGCUUUGCACCGGCCCCCCUGACGGGUAUUACGCCGUCGAAACCGGAAUGGGUGCCGCUUCGGCCGCUGGCUGGCCAGAACAGCCAGAGCAACACGACGAUUCGGAGCAGGCAAGCAAAUUGCCGCCAUCGGAGCAGGCUGAAGAAAGCCUGCAGGAUGAAGACGAGGAGAAGGUCGAGAAGCGCCGCAGAAAUGCAGCGGCAGCAAGAAAGUCUCGGCAGAAGAGGAAGGAAGAGGUGGAAAGCUUGCGAGCAGAGCUGGAGCAGACCCGGGCGCGGAACCGGGAGCUUGAAAAUUUCCUCGGCCAGUUCCAUGCGGCUGUGUCAGACAAUUUUGGCAAUGACUCUGACCUAGCAAAAGCCGUCAUAAGCCAAUACUGGCAAGGGCUGAUGCCUCUAUUAAGGAAAUAA